UAUCGGGUCGCUUCUCCGGCUGCCACUCCCCUUCCGAGCUCGGUGACUUUUUCCGAUUGGCAGAGCCGAAAAUGGCGUCAAGAAUGGCAGCAAUACGCAGGGCACGAGUAUCCGGUCUUACGUCCUCUCUCAAGGUGCUAACUUCUCUUCAUUUCUCCCUUUAUUCUCAGCGCUCUGUCAUUCCCCUUCCCGAAAUUUCCCCUAAAACCCUAACCCUAAACCCCAGCCCCUACCUUUCAUUCAGAGCUCUCUCCACCACGUUUGCGGCUGUUCCCAACAAGCCUUUCCCUCUCUCUCAAAAUCAGAGCCAUCCAGAUUACAAGUAUUCCAACGCCGAAGGACAUGAUAAUAAUCAAAUGGUAAAGGGCCCUAGUCCUCAAAAUCAAGGCUUUGCUCAGCAUCCGAAUUCUGGGAAUGUGAAUCAAUGGAUUAAUCAAAACCAAGGAUAUGUGAGUUCUCCACAAGGGGGUUAUCGGAAUCAGGGAUAUGCUAAUCAGGGUUAUACCCAAGGUGGAUAUCAAGAUCAAGGAUAUGCUCAUCAGAGUUCUCCCCGAGGAGAAUAUCAGAAUAUUGGAUAUUCUAAUCAGAGUUUUCCUCAAGGAGGUUAUCAAUAUCAAGGAAAUCCAAAUCAGAGUAACAUGCUCCCGAAGAGAGCCCCUGUAGUUCAGGAACAAUGGAAUCAUCACCAACCUCAGAAUGUCCAGCCGGUUGGGGCAUAUGCUACAAAUAGUCUGUCCCAGAACCAAGGGAAUUUAGUGAAUGAUCAAUCCUCUGGUGAUAAUAUCUUGUCUACUGCUGAUUUACUGCCCUUGUGCCAACAGGGUAAGGUGAAGGAUGUUAUUGAAUUUAUGGAAAAGGGAGUUGUUGCAGAUAUGCAAUGUUUCCGUUUGCUUUUUGAGUCAUGUGGGAAGUCGAGGAAACUUGAGGAUGCAAAAGUGGUGCAUGAUUACUUUUUGAGAUCAAAAUGUAGGAGUGAUCUUGAGUUGAAUAAUAAGGUGAUUGACAUGUAUUCAAACUGUUGGAGCAUGAUGGAUGCGCGGAGAGUUUUUGAUCACAUGCCUGAGAGGAAUAUAGAUACUUGGCAUUUGAUGAUCAAUGGAUAUGCAUUGAAUGGAUUGGGUGAUGAUGGGUUGUCAUUGUUUGAACAAAUGAGGACUCUGGGGAUACAGCCCAAUAGCCAAACUUUUCUGGCUGUUUUUGAGGCUUGUGCUAGUGCUGAUGCAAUAGAUGAGGCAUUCAUACAUUUUGAGUCCAUGAAGUCCGAUUAUGGAAUUGCACCUCAGAUUGAACAUUAUUUGGGGCUGUUAGGUGUUCUUGCAAAAUGUGGGCAUCUUACAGAGGCUGAGGAAUUCAUUGAAAAACUCCCUUUUGAGCCCACAGUUGCUGUCUGGGAGGCACUGAUGAAUUUUGCUCGCAUUCAUGGAGAUAUUGACCUUGAAGACCGUGCUGAGCAAUUGUGGAGGGCUAGUCAGGUACCUCUUGAGGAUAAUGUGCCUAGUAAGAUUACUCCACCUCCUCCAAAGAAGCAGGCAGUCAAUAUGCUAGAGGGAAAAAGUAGGCUAGCCGAGUUUCGUAGUCCCACUCUAUACAAGGAUGAAGAGAAGAUGAGGGCUGCAAUGAAAGAGCAGGCCUAUGUGCCUGAUACCAGAUAUGUUCUUCAUGAUAUUGAUCAAGAGGCAAAGGAGCAGGCCUUGCUAUAUCAUAGCGAGCGCUUAGCCAUUGCAUAUGGGCUCAUUAGUACCCCAGCUAGAACACCUUUGCGUAUAAUCAAGAACUUGCGUGUCUGUGGUGAUUGUCACAAUGCCAUCAAGAUCAUGUCCAGAAUUGUCGGGAGAGAGCUGAUUGUUAGGGAUAACAAGCGUUUCCACCAUUUCAAGGAUGGAAAAUGCUCUUGUGGAGACUAUUGGUAGUUACAACAACUGGAACUCGUGAUUAGUAGACGGGUAGAAACACCUUCAAGGCCCAACAGGAACCAUUACUGUUGAAAGCAUCAAGAUCAUGUCAAAUGUUUGUUUGUUGUUAGGAAGGGAUUUAUAUUUUAGACAGUUGUGGCACGUCUUAGAUCUGGCAUUCCAUGUCUUAUACUAGUAUGCUAUGUUAUAUGUUUCUAUUCACCUUAACUCGCAUCUAGUACUCAAAAUGGGAUAGGAUUAUGAAGCAAAUGUUAUUUUCUUGAAGGAUUUUUGGUUUUCAUAUUUGUAGAUGACUAAUCUUUUCCAAUGAUGAAAUUUCAAGGGAGAAAAUGGCCUGUA